AUGGCCCGAGACGCGAACGAGAACGCGAACGCUAACGCGAACGCGAACGAGAACGCGAACGCGAAUGCGAACGCGAACACCAAGAAGCGAGUGCUCAUCGUGGGGGCGGGCGCUGCUGGCAUGUCUUGCGCGCACCAUCUGGCCGAGCACCCCGGCAAGUUCGACGUCACGGUGGUCGAGGCGGCCGACUACUGCGGCGGGCAGGCCUUCUCCAUCCCCAUCGACAAGCGCAAGCACGGCGCGUCGUGGCUCAACCAGGGCGUGCAGGGCGGGUCGUACAUCUUCCACCACACCAUGACCAUGUUUGCGCGCCAGGGCCACGCCGCCAACCCCGUCGAGCUGCAGGUCUCGUUCGGCAAGGACGACCAUUUCUGGACCAACAUGUACCCGACCAAGCUCCUCGCGAAGCACCAGGCCGAGGUGCGCCGCUUCGUGCGAAUGCUGGCCUUUCUGCGCUGGUUCGAGCUCGUCUUCGCCCUCGUCCCCAUCAAGGUGCUCAUGAGGCUGUUCUGCUUCAGCCGCGAGUUUGCCACCACAGUCGCCCUGCCCAUGGUGGCCCUGUUCCUCGGCACCGGCAACUACACGCCCGACGUCCCGGCCGUCAUGCUCGAGCGCCUGUGCACGAGCCCGACGUACGGGAUGUGGUACCCGCCGGACCGCGAGAGCGUCGCGUCCAACCAGCCGCCCAUGGUCGUAUUUCCUAACUUUAGCCGCUUCUACGACGACUGGCGCCGCGACCUGCUCAAGAGGGGCGUCCGCGUGCGCCUCUCGACCGAGCUGACGCGGGUUGUCAGCCGCGACAAGACGGGCGUCACCGUCAAGACUAUCAAGCGCGCGCCGGCUCCAGACGGCCACAGCCCGUCGAGCGCGUGGGCUGCCGAGGACGCGGCCACCAAGGGCGCGGCCACCAAUGCCGAUGCCGGCACCCAAGAGACGACUGAGCACUACGACGAGCUCGUGCUCUGCUGCCUCGCCGACACAGCGAAGCGCCUCCUGGGCGACACGGCAACCUUCCGCGAGCGGCACAUCCUCGGCGCCGCCAAGUUCAGCGACGACCUGACCAUCACGCACCACGACAGCGGGUACAUAACAAAACACUACGAGGUGGCCUUCAACAGCACGCAGGCCGUCACGCACCUCACCCCCGAUGGCGCUGACCACACUGACCGCGUCGGCCGCGCUGCAGCGCCCGGCGGGUUCCGGCCCAUGUACUUGAUCAAGCCGUACGUGGGCAACGCCGCGCGGCUCGAGAUGUGCUUCGACUGCACGCACUACCAGGCGCAGUUCCCGCCGCAGGUCGAGACGCUGGACAGUCACGUGUUCCAGACCAUCUUCCUCAACGCGGCGCGCGACGCGACGGAGAAGCUGUGGACGGACGGCGAGAUCGACGCCUCCAAGGUGAUCCGCCGCGACUGGUGGCACCAGCUGUGCCACGUGUGGACGCACUACGUGCUGGUGGUGCCGUGGUUGUGGCUGCUGCAGCGGCGGAGGCGCACGCGCUUCGCCGGGUCGUGGACCGUCGUCAACGCCCACGAGGUCGCCGUGCUGAGCGGCGUCGCCGCUGCGGUUGAUCUCGGCGCCGAGUAUCCGGCUGAUCUGGAGAGAGAUCCCUGGGCGCUGCGCUGUUUUCGUCUGUAUUACUUGCUCGUGUACGGGCGCUGGUACCGGCGCAGGGUGGAUCCGAAGGGUCCUGGUGAGGAUUGGGCGAGUGGGCUGUACGGUGGUGUGUAUAAGGGCCCUGGUGUGGUUGACACGGAGAGGCAGAUGUGGCGCGACGAGAGGGACAGGGAGGGAGGCAAGUAG